AUGGCGUACAUCCCUGAGCGCUUCGUCCAGUUCAACCAAAUGUUGGUCUCGGACCCAGGCAAGAGAUAUUCCAAGCCUGAACUCGACCGUCUCUUCAAAGAAUGGAUUGAAGACUACAGAGGAGACGAGUGGUUGACAAUUGAAUUUGCUCGGGCUUGGAAUUGCUACAGAAGGGUCUUAGACGUGGACCCAAGACUCACGUACAGAGGUUGGGAUGUGGUCUUCACAUUCCAAAAUUGGUACGAAUACCAAAAAUAA